AUGACGACAACACGGGCGUUGGCAAGAGUGGAGCACAUGACGUGUGCGUGGUUCACGUCGUGCAUGUCGCUAGGCGGCAUCUCGAACCUGCUCCUCUCGCGCAUCAUCGACCGCGACCCGCUCCACCGCAUCGGCAUCGCCCUGCUCAUCCUCAACAUGCUCUACUUUGUCGCGCUGCUCCUGCUGCAGGUCGUGCGGUUUACGUUCACGCCUGCGCGAGUCGGGUAUACGCUCUCACAUCCCAUCGAGUGUCUAUUUGUGCCCACCAUCGUGCUUGCCGCCGCAACGAUCCUAAAUGGCCUGGCGGCGGUCGCGGGAAGGGAGGUUGGGAGUGGAGUGAGGACGGCGUUCCAGGUGGCGUUUUGGGUGUACUUUGCUGCCGCCCUCGUGGUGAGUGUGGUUUGCUACACCAGCGUAUGGGCGAGGGCGGAGGGGAGUAUGCAUCAUAUGAACCCGGCUUGGGUGCUCCCAGUGUUUCCGCUCAUGCUGUGUGGAAGCGUAGCGGUAGCGGUGGUGCCGACGCAGACCGAACAGAGUGCACUCAAUAUUGCCAUUUCCUUCACAAUCAUCUGCCUGCUGGGGCUAGCACAGGAGAUGCAGCGCAUCCUACCCGCCCUUCCACUGCCAAGCCUGCCAGCAUCGACGUACGAGACGCUCUUCAUCAGUGCGCUCGCUGCAAGCAUCCUGCUCUGGGCCGUCGCGGCGUGGUUCUACCUAGUCACGCUUGCCGCCAUCGCCGCAGCUCUGCUCACAGAGAGGAGGAACAUGCAGUUCAUUCUAGCUUGGUGGGCGGCGGUGUUCCCGAUCACCGGAUUCGCUACCGCCACCAACGCCAUCGCUGACGCACUCGACAGCUCAUCGAUCAAAAUCCUCGCACAGAUCAUGGUGGUCGUGCUCGCAGUCGUGUUUGUCGCCAUCGCCGCGGCGCACAUCCAUGCUGUAGCGACCGCAGUCAUCAUGGCAGAAGGCAAGGAUGAAGAUCGACUCAUCGACACCAUGCAUCGCGACGCGGAAAAGGUGCCGAGUGCGGAAGGCGAGCGCGAAACGCCACCAACCUACCCGAACACGCCGGCGGUUUCGGUGUUCCGCCUAGAACGCAAGCUCACAGCGUGA